AUGGCCUCGAUACAGGUGUGUCAAGUAAAACACGAAAGUCCUCAUUUAUCCGACACUCGUUCAAACACACGUUUGCACAGAAAUUUUAAUUUUGAAGAUGAUUCUCAACCAUCACCAACAUCUCGACAAAAGGGAAAUUUGCUAAAACUCACGCAAGAAGCAGUUCGUAUGCCUUUCUCGCUAUUACGACCUAGGGGAUAUUCCAGUGCAUUUCUUGACCAAGUGCCUAGUUGUGUUGAAGACGUUCACACAAGUCAAAAGCGUCGAUUUACAAUCAACUUAUCCGAAAGUCCAUGUGAUGAAGUCGAGCAUAGAUUUCUCAAACAUCUUGAAACAGACUCAUCCAAGGUUGGGAUCGGUGGUGACAACUCGAUCCUACAAGAAAUUCGGGAGAAUUCGUGGCCAGACGCUCAGCGCGAACGCUCGUGGUCAGCAGUUCAUUUGAAAGAACAGUUUAUUGGAUUUUUUCAACCAGCAAACAAUCGGCUGGCCAUGAAGUUGUUUGGGAACAAGGUUGCCUUAGCCUGUGAACGCCGAAGACAGCGUGAACAAGGCAAAUGGGUCAUUCACCCGUGUAGUAAUUUUCGGUGA